AUCCUCAUCUUCUCAUCAUCUCUCCAUCAUGCCUAGCCUAAAGGUGUGGAUCUUUACCGCGCUGCUUAGUGUCGGGGCCGUCCUCGCUCAAGAUUCCAGUUACGACCCGCUGCCUUUGCCUCCGAGACAGAACGCCGGCCCACCUCGCAGUGCCGUCAACCGCGUCAACGAGACUGCCGAUUUGAUGCUCUUCCAGCAGUACCCCCAGCAUGACAUGAGAGACAUCGAGGAGUUCCAGCAGUACAUGGCCGACCUUUACAAGACCAACAACAUGACUCUCCCCACUUCUGCUACGCCAUCCCGCGUGAAGCGCGCCGACAACGCCCUCCCGCUGACUCCAUUCUGCGUCGCUCAUGCAUACAACCCGCAUCGUACCCGCAUCUUCUACAACCAACGUUCAUGUGACGGCAAUGGCUGGAAGACCCUCUUUGUCUUCAACGCGUUCACUCAAUAUGAUCGCCAGCUGGCCUCCUCUCCCUCAUGCGUCGGUCUCGCGCAGAACCCGGAAAGGACCAUGAUUUACAGGGGCGUGGAUAACUGUAACCGUCAUGGAUGGUCCCACGUGGCCCACUUCUAUGAGAGUGGUUGCUUAGGUGGUGAUCCCGAUGCCAACUGCCAUCACCACUCCUCCGAAAUUUUCCAGGCAUACGAUCCCCACCGUGCCAUGAUCUACCCAUACUACGAUGGUACCAAGCAUGGAUGGUCGCUCUAUUCUGCAUAUGGCUACAAGAGCCGCUAUAGACUACCCCAGAAGAAGGAACUGGACCAUCUGAAAAAGUCCGCAUCGGCACACAUCGACCUGCACAAGCGUAUGGAUAAUGUGGCGCCUGCGGCUGGAAACUUGGCACUUCGCCGAGCCAUUUUUCACCUCAUCACAUACUGGACAAAUGAUUACACCCACCAUGGCAACAUUCCUACAUUGCGUGGCCGAGACCACAGGGCUUUCGCCUCGUGGGCCACCCGCAUCGGCCUCAGUCAGUUCCUCGAUAUGACCAUUGGGCAGGGCCCCUCACGUAAUGGUAUCACAUCGGUCGUCCUCCGAUUCAACGGUAUCACCUAUGCAGUCGCGACCCUCAGAAUCUCUGCCCGCUACUACGCUGAUGAUAUCAUACAUGCACUCACGGCCAGUGUCGAGCGCGGACUUCCGACAAUGGCCGAAUCCGACCUCAAUCUCCUUGACAAGGUCGUCAUGUACCUGACCGGUGACUGGGGACACAUCCAUGGAGCAAUCCAUGCCUUUGACGAACUGUAGUGGUAUCAAUGGAUGAUGAUGGCCGUUUUAAACGCGCGAUGGGAAUAAGUUCUAAAGGUUGCCGCUGCCGCAUAUUUCCACCGUAUUGUACUUUAUUCGGUACGACAAGUGUAUCUCUAGCUCAGCAUAUCAAACUUCAAACAACAAUGAAUACUUUC